GGAGGAGGAGAGGCAGCUGGCUUUAUGUUUCUGCUCUGCAGCCUGUAGCCCACAGCCUGAGGAGGGACACGGAAAGUAAGUUCAACUGAAGCCAAAAUGACGACCAGCCAGUGUCUGCCCUGCUGCACUGUCAUUCUGUUAGUGCUACUACAGCUGGCUUUCGGCCAGUACGAACACCUGGGCUACCCGCCGGGCUUCCCUGACCCAGAGCAGGAGCACUACACUGCCCCCCAGCUGGAGCCGGACACGCCCAGGAUCCAGCUCCGGUUGGCGGGAGAUAAGAGGAAACACAACGAGGGUCGCGUAGAGGUUUUCUACAACGGCGAAUGGGGCACAGUCUGCGAUGACGACUUCAAUAUCCACGCCGCUCAGGUGGUGUGCAGGGAGCUGGGCUACCUGGAGGCCGUCUCAUGGUCACCAUCCUCAAAAUAUGGCAAAGGAGAAGGUCCCAUCUGGUUCGACAAUCUCCACUGCACAGGCAAAGAAAAGACCUUGGCGCAGUGUCCUUCCAAUGGUAUUGGCGUUUCAGACUGUAAACACAGCGAGGAUGUGGGGGUGGUGUGCAGCGACAAGAGAAUACCGGGCUUUAAAUUUGUCAACACCCUGCCAAACCAUGUAGAGAACCUCGACAUCCAAGUGGAGGACGUGCGCAUACGGGCCAUCCUGUCGUCGUACCGUAAGCGGAUCCCUGUGACGGAGGGCUACGUGGAGGUCAAGGAUGGCGGUAAAUGGAAGCAGAUCUGUAACACGGAGUGGACACAGCUCAACGGUAGAGUCAUCUGUGGCAUGUUUGGCUUCCCCGGGGAGAGGAAGUACAAUGCCAGAGUUUACAAGAUGUUUGCUCGCAGGAGAAAGCCCACAUACUGGGACUACGCUGUGAACUGCACUGGCAAUGAAGCCCAUCUGUCCAGCUGUAAACUGGGCCAGGCUACCUCGUUGAAGACCAAUGAGACCUGUGCUGAAGGGCUGCCUGUGGUGGUGAGCUGCGUGCCCGGCAGAGACUUCGCCCCGACACCCAUGACGGGAUUCAGGAAGGCCUUCAGACAAGAGCAACCGUUGGUCCGUCUGCGUGGUGGGGCCAUCGUAGGCGAGGGUCGAGUGGAGGUGUUGAAAAACGGAGAGUGGGGCACCAUAUGUGAUGACAACUGGAGCUUGCUGUCUGCCACUGUGGUGUGUCGAGAGCUGGGCUUCGGUACAGCCAUAGAGGCCCUGUCCGGAGGUCGCCUGGGACAAGGUAUGGGCCCGGUGCACAUGAACGAGGUGGAGUGCUCUGGAUUUGAGAAGUCCAUCACAGAGUGUUCCUUCAACAAGGAGUCUCUGGGUUGCAGCCAUGAGGAGGAUGCAGCCGUCAGAUGUAACGUUCCUGCUAUGGGCUUCCAGGAGUCGCUGCGUCUGAGUGGAGGUCGUAACCCCUAUGAGGGCCGCGUGGAGGUGCUGGUGGAGAGGAACGGGUCUCUGGUGUGGGGGACGGUGUGCAGUGACACCUGGGGAACCAUGGAGGCCAUGGUGGUUUGCAGGCAGCUGGGCCUGGGCUUCGCCAGCAACGCUUUCCAGGAGACUUGGUACUGGCCAGGAGAGGUGAGUGCUGACUCGGUGUUAAUGAGCGGCGUCCGCUGCUCCGGUACGGAGAUGUCUCUGUCCCACUGCCUGCACCACGGAGCUCACCUCAGCUGUGCCAAAGGAGGGGGACGCAACGCCGCCGGAGUCUCCUGCUCUGAGACGGCUCCCGACCUGGUGUUGAACCCUCAGGUGGUGGAGCAGACCACCUACAUGGAGGACCGGCCCAUGUUCAUGCUGCAGUGUGCGCACGAGGAGAACUGUCUGUCCUCCACCGCCAGCCAGGCACCGGCCAACACCUACCGCCGCCUGCUGCGCUUCUCCUCCCAGAUCCACAACAAUGGGCAGUCUGACUUCCGGCCCAAAGCGGGCAGACAUUCCUGGGUGUGGCACGACUGUCACAGGCAUUAUCACAGCAUGGAGGUGUUUACGCUCUACGACCUGUUCACCCUCAAUGGAACCAAAGUGGCAGAAGGACACAAAGCAAGUUUUUGCCUGGAGGACUCGGAGUGUGACGAAGGUAUUGAAAAGAGGUAUGAGUGUGCUAACUUUGGAGAGCAGGGUAUCACUGUGGGCUGCUGGGAUACCUACAGGCACGACAUCGACUGCCAGUGGAUCGACAUAACUGAACUCAAACCUGGAGAUUACAUUUUCCAGAUAGUAAUUAAUCCAAACUAUGAGGUACCAGAGUCGGACUACACCAAUAACAUCAUGAAAUGCAGGUGUCGAUAUGAUGGCCAUCGUGUGUGGAUGUACAGCUGCCAUAAUGGUGGCUCAUUAAGCACUGAAACAGAGCAGACGUUCCCAGGCCUCCUCAACAACCAGGUGACCCACAGGUAAAGACGAAGCGGUGCAGACAGACCAUCUGCAGCCCACCGACCACUACACAUCUCCAUCAGUAGUGGAUCCCCACCCAGCCAGCCCCAGACAAACCAUACUUUUACAUUCUCCGUCAUCCACAAGGCAGCUGCUUUUCUUCGACCCUAUACUCUCCUGUAGCUCCCAUCCAAAAUAUUUGUUUAUCCCCCCCUCCUCAAACAGAGGCAGCUACAGCCUUACGGACACUUCCAACCUCCCAAGAUCAGAUCAAGAGAACGGCGAAGCUCUUCUUGUGCCCUGUGAUUUUUUCCUUCCAUUUUUUUUAAAUGAGUGAUGAUAUAAGCCUGCUGGGAAGUUGCAGGG